AGGAGAGCGCAGAGCAGGUCGCACCAUGGACCACAUCGCCUAUGCUGAGAUGAACUUCACCAGGAAAGAAAAGUCACAAGACAAUUCUAUCUCCGUGGUUCCAGAAGUCUCUCCGCAGAGUGAUGACAUCACAGUCACAUAUGCCGCCGUCAGGAAUACACCAGGAAAGAAGAAACCUGGAAAGAUCCAGCAAGUCUCUCCACAGAGCGAUGACAUCACAUAUGCUGCCGUGAGAAAAACACCCGGAAAGAAGAAAGAAAACUCAGACAAGCCGCAGCAAGUGUCUCCGCAGAGUGAGGACACUACAAUCUCAUACUCAGUUGUCAGGAAACCACAGAAGCCAGCGGAGGAGGCACAUCCUGCUACAGCCAAGGAAAGGAGACAUGUUGCUGGAUGGAUGGAAAUGUUAUUACAGUGCAAAGGUACAAGAUGGUAUCUGUUCCUCGUCCCCACCCUGAUUGCCGUCAUCCUGUUCAUUUCCACCGUCGUCCUCAGCGCCACCUGCACAAGCAAAAUGGAUACUCACUGUAACGGAUCAGAAACAUGUUCCAAAGGAGGCCGCUAUCCCCUGUGUCCGGAUAACUGGAUCCUUAUUGAUAGCAAAUGUUAUUUCUUCUCUGAAAAUAAAAAGAACAAGGAGCAGAGUGAGAGAGACUGCGCAGAGAGCGGCUCCGGGCUGGCAACGGUGAAGGAGGGGUUAAUACUGAAACUGGUGACUAUCACAGCACAGGAGUUCUGGAUUGGAUUAACUCCUAAAGGAACCCAUUACCAGGGGAGCGUGUGGUCAGGAGUAUGGGCGGACGGGAGCACAGAGAAGUGGCUCCUAGUGGAUCGCCUGUCCCUGUGUGGCCAUACACGCCAGCGGUCUGUCAGCGAAGGGACUGGAACUUGCGUCAAGAUGGGACAUCGCCUGUCGCUGGAGAACUGUUACACAGAGCUGCACUGGAUCUGCGAGAGGGACAUGGUGUGACUGUGCAGCUGAGGAGAGACCCUGCGUGUAACUGUGACAUAGGGAGACAUGUACUAAGCAGUGAUAACUGUGACAUAAUUGUGUAUUUGUCACCACAUAUUAAACUGUAUGUUAUCA